AUGGGGAGCCCUCCGCCAGCUCCCCCGCAGCCGGUAGGAGAGGAGAACUGGGUGGACUAUAUCGACCAGCAGGCCCGCCACGCCGACUCUCUCGAGAAGCGCAUCCACGUCGUCGAGCUCUACCGCACCGCCGCCAACGCCGAGCCCGGCAGCAUCAAGGUCUGGCUGGCGUACUGCGACUACUUCUGGUCCCUGCAUCAGGACUGCCAGCAUGGCAGCGACUCGUCAUGGCCCGCCGACGAGGCCGCUGCUGCCCGCGACAUAUUCUCCCUCGACGCCGCCCUGCACCUCUGGAGCGAGGGCCACGAGGCCACAAAGUACCGCCUGAACGACAGCCACGAGCUGUGGAACCGCUGGAUCGGCCUCGAGAUGGACCUGCUCUCCAAGACGAGGACGCCCGAGGGCGUCAGGCGCAUCACCCACCUCUUUCGGAACCGCCUCCUCACCCCGCACGCCACCUGGGACGAGACCUCCCAGAUGUUCUCGAGCUUCCUGUCCGAGUACAAUACCGGCGCCUAUGAGUCUACUAUGAAGGAUAUUACCCAGCGCGCUGCCGAGGCCAAGCGGCUCUACGACCAGCGCGAGAUCCACGAGCUCAAGCUCGCCCGUGCCACGCGCGGCGGCGACGCCGAUAAGCAGAAGGCCGCCAUACGCGAGUACCUGGCCUGGGAGAUCACGAACUCGAUGUAUGAAGAGAGGAACAAGGCUGCCGCCGUCGAGCUGGGCCUCGCGCUCUUCUCGCGCGCCCUAACCGGCAUCUUUGCCUCGGACGAGGCCACCUGGACCGACUACAUUGUCUACGUAUCGACGCUAUACCACCGCUUUAGAGAGGAGCGCUCCACUAAGACCGGGGACCUCUCGCACCUCCUGCCCAACAGCCUCGACAUACACCAGCGCGCCGUGCAGCACUGCCCUUGGUCUGGCAAGCUCUGGGCCCGCUAUAUCCUGAGCGGCGAGGAGGCGGCCCUGUCCUUCUUCGACAUGGAGCGCAUAAAGCAUGCCGCCACGAACAGCUCGCAGCUCGACCGCGACGGCAUGGUCGGCGUCGUCGACAUGUACGCGGCCUGGUGCGGCUACCUCAAGCGCACCGCCAUGCACCCCACCGCCCCCGACGAAGCUGUCGACAUUGCCGACUCGGGUCUUGUCGCCGCCCUCGAGGCCGUCCAGGUCUGGGGCGAGCGCCGCUUUGGCGAUGCCUACAAGGGCGACCCCAGCUUCCGCCUCGAGCGUAUCCUCAUCCAGUACCUGACCGAGAAGCACUUUGCCAUCGACGAAGCCCGCGAUCAGUGGCGCAAGCUCGAGAGCAAGGAGUUGUACGCCAACAGCUAUGACUUUUGGGUGCACUACUUUAUGUGGGAGAUGCUCGUCUUCCAGGCCCAAAAGGGCCAGGGCCGCAGCCCCACGCCGGCCUCGAGCUCCAAGGGCUUGCGCGUGCCCAGCCUCGCCACCGAGGCUCUCGAGCGCGCCCUGCACAACCGCAACCUCGACUGGCCAGAGCGCGUCAUGGAGGUGUAUCUGCACCAUUGCAACGACUACCAGACUGCCGACACACUGCACCAGGCCCUCGAUACCAUGCACAAGGUGAGCAAGGGCAUCGCGAAGAGGCGCGAGAGGGAGGCCGCGGCUGCCAACGCUGCCUAUGCCGCCGCACAGGCCGAGGCGCAGGAACAACACCAGGUCGAGGCGGAGGAGGGCGCCAGCAAGGGUCAAGCGAAUGCCCCUGCUGCUGACGCAGCCGCGGCGCACGCCUCACCGUCAGGUGCCAAGCGCAAGAGAGAGGCUGAAGCUGGCGACGCCGACGCCGAGUCGGCUACGAAGCGGGCCAAGAGCAAACCCGAGUCCGCAGAGCCGGCACAGGAUGCCUCGUCUCACGAUCGGGUCGCCAAGCGCGACAGGGAAAACACCUCGGUCAUCGUCCAUGGCCUCCCGGCGGACGUGACCGCGACCAAGGUGAAGCAGUACUUUCGCGAGUAUGGUCAUGUCAACCACCUGCAGCUACAAAAGGCCGAGGACGAGGCGUCAACGUCGGCGCUCGUCGAGUUCGCAACCGCCGGAGAUGCCCAGUCAGCGCUCUUGCGCGACGGCAAGUACUUUGGGCAGGAUGUCGUCAGCGUCAAGCCGGCGACGAAUCUCACCCUGUUUGUGACCAACUUCCCGCCGACUGCCGACGACGGAUACAUACGCAACCUUUUCAAGGACUGCGGGCGCAUCUUCUCCACGCGCUGGCCCAGCCUCAAGUACAACACCGCUCGGCGCUUCUGCUACGUCUCGUUUGGCGACCCGGAGGCCUCGGCCAGGGCGACGCGCCUCGACGGGACGAUGCUCGAGGGCCGGUACAAGCUGCAGGCCAAGUACUCGGACCCCUCGCACAAGAAGGCCCGCGAGGGCCCCAUCGCCGAGGGCCGCGAGGUCCACGUGACCAGCAUCGACCGGAGCGCGACCGAGGACGAGAUCAGGGAGCUCUUUGCCAAGUACGGCAAGGUGGACAAGGUGCGGCUGCUGCGGACCAUGAAGGGCGAGAGCCGGGGCUCGGGGUUCGUCGUCUUCGCGGCCAAGGCCGACGCGGAAAAGGCGGUGGAGGUGCUCGACAAGGCCAAGUUCAAGACGCAGGUGCUCGGCGUCGAGAUCUCGGUCAAGGAGAACUUCAAGCCCGUGGCGCGGGCUGUGGCGAGCAAGUCGCCGACGCCCGCCCGCAGCGCCAAGGACGAGGAAGGGGACGAGGCUAUGGCGGAGGACGGCGGCCCGGCCAAGGAGGCGCCGAACGAGAGGUCGUUUGCCUUGCUGGGCCUGCCAGACACGGUCAACGUGGAGCGCGUGCGCACGCUCGUCGAGCCCCAUGGCGCCGUGGCCAAGGUGCUGCUGCAGCCGAACCACGGCGGCGCCGUUGUCGAGAUGGCGGACUCGGCAGCCUCGGGCAAGGCGCAGCUGGCGCUCGAGGGUGCCGGCAUCGACGGGCAGAAGCUGCGGGUCGGCACCGUGGCCGAGCUGUACCGGACCAAGGUCGGGAAGAAGACGCAGGCCGACGGGAAGCCGGCUGCCGCUGCCGCUGCCGCCAAACCCCUCAUGGCGCCGCCGCCUCGUGUUUCGCGGCCUGUCCUGGGCGGCAAGGGUGCCAAGCGCGGCCUGGGGUUCGUGGGCGCGAAAUCUUCUGCCGGUGCCGCGGCGCCGCAGCCGAAUGGAGAGACGACGGUCAAGAAGAGCAAUGCCGAUUUUCGAAAGAUGUUCUUGGCUGGCGGCUCCUCCACCAAGGCUGAGGAGACGGGAGGAGAGGGAGGCAAGAAGAAGAAGGAGGAGGAGGAGGGGAAGGAGCUAAAGGGGCAGGAGCACCAGGCGCGAGGCGUGGAAAACGGACAUGUCGAUGCGUGA